AGUACCGUUUGCUCACCGUCGGUAAACAGUCCACUGAACAUGGCGGCCUCCUUGAGGAAAGCAGCGCAUGACAUCGAAACGCGAAAGCGGACCGACGAUGUGCUUCUGUCGGAGGGAAUCGACUUCAGCGCUCUGCUGCUCUCUCGGGCCGUGCUGGACGGACUUUCCUCCUCGGGUUUCCAGAAACCUUCUCCGAUCCAGCUCAAGGCGAUCCCGCUGGGCCGCUGCGGACUCGAUUUGAUUGUUCAGGCCAAGUCUGGCACGGGAAAGACGUGUGUGUUCUGCACCAUCGCUCUGGACUCUCUGGUGCUGGAGAAUCCUGCAACUCAGGUUCUGGUUCUGGCUCCUACACGUGAGAUAGCGGUGCAGAUCCACUCUGUAGUGAUGGCUAUAGGCUGCGCCAUGGAAGGCCUGGAGUGCCACGUUUUCAUCGGAGGCCGGCCUGUAGGCCAAGAUAAACUCCACCUGAAGAAGUGCCAUAUAGCUGUGGGCUCACCGGGUCGUAUUAAGCAGCUUAUCGAGCUGGGCAUGUUGUCCACCGCCAGCAUCCGGCUGUUUGUUCUGGAUGAGGCCGACAAGCUGCUGGAGGAGGGCAGCUUCCAGGAACAGAUAAACUGGAUCUUCUCCUCUCUGCCUACAAACAAACAGAUGCUCGCCCUUUCGGCCACCUACCCAGAAUCCCUUGCAGCGCACCUAACCCGUUACAUGAACGAGCCCACGUUCGUUCGACUCAAUCCCAGUGACAUGGGUCUAAAAGGUCUGAAGCAGUACUACAAGCUGGUACAGUCCCAUCCUUUACCUCACAAGGUGUUCGAGGAGAAGGUGCAGCACCUGCUGGAACUUUUCAGUAAAAUCCCAUUUAACCAGGCACUGGUGUUCUCCAACCUACACACAAGGGCUCAGCACCUGGCAGACAUCCUGUCCUCCAAAGGCUUACCUGCUGUUUGUAUCUCAGGUGGUCUGAGUCAGGACCAGAGACUUGAGGCGAUGUCCAAACUGAAGCAGUACCAGUGCAGGGUGCUCAUCUCCACUGACCUGACUUCCAGAGGUAUAGACGCAGACAAAGUCAACUUGGUGAUCAACCUGGAUGUGCCGCAGGACUGGGAGACCUACAUGCAUCGAAUCGGGCGAGCCGGCCGUUUCGGCACUCAGGGGCUUGCGGUGACCUACUGUUGCCAUGGCGAGGAGGAAAACAAGAUGAUGGCCAUCGCUCAGAAGUGUGGCCUGAGUUUGUCCGUGUUGCCCUCCGUCUUAGAGCCCGGUUUGAUGGAUGAGCCUUGCGACUGGGACGUCUGCACCAAGGCUUCCACUCCAGGCGCUUUAUCCCAGUUGUCCUCCAGGACAGAGAAGAAGAAGCGUGCCAAGGUGGUCACGAAUCAAGAACAAGAGCACGGCAUUCAAAGGAGGCCAGAGAAGACCAAUCCUGCACCCAGGCUGGAAGCACUUGGUGAAGGGAAUCCCAGAAAAGUAUCUGCAGCGCCGACUCGAAAAGAGCUGCAAGACGCUCUACCAAAGAUCCCUCCCCUCAGCUCAUUCAAGACUUGCAAGUCGAGGUUUAUGACCUUAGAGGAGGCCGAGCGGGACUUUGAGAACUUCAUCACUAAGGGGUUGGGUAGAUCAGUGGAGGUCAUCAGGGAUUUCAGAGGUCAAGAGGAUGGCGGCGUAGACAAUCAGAGCGGCCACAGAGAGUCUGUCAUGCUUCACGAUGACGAAGCUCAAAGUUUCAAGCCGAAGCGAACACAGAGAAAAUCCAACUUGCAGUCGGAUCCUGAUGAUGAGAUCAAAAAUGCCACAGAAGAUGAAAAGAGCGCGCUAUCAAAACGGCAAACGGAUGCCAAGAAGACACCCCCUGCACUCAAACCCAAGGGUGAAGCAACAGAAACUGAAGUUUGUACAUCCUCUGCACCAGAAGUGUACAACCAGACAACCUAUGCACCAACCGGGAGAGCUUUUUCGCACUCCUCUGAGAACUAUAAACAUGUGGUGGCUGUUAAAUCCAACAGGAGACCCAAUCAGACACCUCCGUCAGGUAGUGGCGCAAACACGUCAAGAAAGAUGGAGAAAAGGAGCAAACACAUUGCGGGGGAUUUGAACAGAGAGCGAAAGAGAGAAAGAGAUGACGAAGAGCAUGAUGCUGAUGAAGAAGUGGAAGAGAGUGCUGAUGAAUACUGGAGAACCUGCUACCGAGCCUGGAACGACUACUACUCCUCCAUGUCUCCUUUUCAGGACCAAGGUUACACAAGCUACUACAGCAUGGCACACAACUGGAUGGCAGCUUAUCGGAUGAAUGCCGUCUACGUGGAAGAACUCCUGAAGCACUGACUCAUCUGUACUCUUGAUGUACAAUCACACUGUCUGAAUUGUCUUUGAAAAAAAAAUAAGAGUGAGCACUUCGGGUCUAUUAUGUUGCACUUGAAUGAAUUCCUACGAUGUUCUGUUUAUUUUCCUCCAACUAGUUUUCUAAUAAAAGACCUAUUUGGAACAUCUGGAA